UUCAUUCUAAUAAACUUUGACAAUGGAAAGUAAUAACUAUAACUACAUGCGAAUAAAUAUAAAAAAAUAUGAACAGCACUUGUCUCCUUUUGGAAACAAAGUUCUUACUGUACUUCUAAAGCGGUGGGAUAAAGCUCGAAUUAAAAACACUAAUGAUUAUCAGCAUCGACAAGUUCCAGCGCGACCUAAGAAAGUGUUAAACUUCAUUGAUGACUCCGUUGUUGAACCUCUCUUCACACCACCACUGAUUCUUUCUACUCCUCGCGAAAAUAUACAUACUGAACAAGAAACCUUUAAUUUUAAAGAUGUUAUUGUACCGGAAAUACCCACUUCUGAUGAAUUAAUCAACCAUGUACCAAAAAGUAAAAAUGAUUCUGUUCUACAAACGAUCCCUCUUAAUACUGAUCUAUUACACAACGUUUACAAUAAAGAUUUGUGCGAUGAAAACCCAUUAAUUAAACUAACUGUAACUGAAACUACAGACACAUGUAAAGAAAUAAAUUGGGAUGAUAUGCUUGACUCUGAACUAUUGGAUACUAUUGCUACUACCAGGGAAAUAAACGGUAAUAAUACUAUGCUUGAUAAGGGAUUUCCUAAUGAAAAUGUAAUCCCAGAAAAUAAUUCAGGUUUUCGUGAAUCACUUACGACUGUAACGGGGCAAAAACGUAAGUUAAAAAAUAUACAGCCUAAAGUAAAAAAAAAUCGAAGUGAUAGUACUGUUAAGAUAAAACAACAAGUACUAGAUAAAACAACAGAAGCUUGCAAACAAGGAAACAAAAAGAAUAAUUUUCGAAAACAAAAGUAUACAAAAGCUGUUAAAAAUUGGCUUAAUAAUCUUGAACCACCUACUGAAGAAAUUGAAGACUUAGAUAAUGUAGGUAAGGAUGGUCAAUUAGACGUAUACAAUGUUCCACAAAAGAUACACAAUACAGACAAACCAAUAUUAGUAAUCGAGAAAACACCGAAGACAAACAAGAAAGUAGUACAAGCGCAGUUAGCCAAUAAGGACGGUAUCAUGAAGUUCAGUAAGCCUCAACAAAAUGCACUUGAUACCAAAAAAACUAAUGAAGACGUAGAAAAUAAACCUAAAGAAAAAAAAGUAAAGAAAUUCGUAGCUCCUAUCAAAUCUCAAAUACCAGUAAAAGACAUAACAUAUGAAAUGCACACGCUUGACGAAGAUAAUGUUGACGACCACAGAGGAACUCUACAUGAGAUAAAGAAUUUUGAUAUGAUCGCUAUAUUAAUUUAUAGCAAUGGUUUCUGUCAGCUUAAUAGUCAUCACACUGACGGCACGUGCGCUCCUGUCGGCAUCAUCGUCAAUAGUGACGAUAUGUUCUACUGUUUCAAGGGCGCUGGUCAGAAGAUCAAGGAGGCACUAAAACGUUUACUAGACAACAAUACAGUUAUUUGUUACGGAGCCCAGAACAUCCUUAGUUAUCUCACGGUCCACUUACAUAUUGACAGAAUACAUGCUAAGAUUUAUGAUGCUAAGAUUGGCGCCAGUUUAUUGGACCCGGACAAUCCCCCGGAGAACUUCUCAGACGUUCAGAAGCUGUUGUCGUUCUCCGCGCAGUACACCAUAGCGACGGAGUGCACCCUGCAGAAAGCUGCCUGGUACAUGUCUCUGCUGAAACAAUGCUGGGCCAAACUGUAUACAAUGCUGGUGGAAGACAAUUUGUGGAAAGUCUUCGUGGAGAUUGAAAUGAAGCUGCUUCCUAUUAUUGCUGGUAUGGAGAGUCGAGGCUUAACAAUAGACUCGUCCAAACUGAAGUCGAUGGAAGAAGUCCUAGUGAACAGAAUGAAGGCUGUGGAACAGCAGUGCUACAAGGCGGCCGGCAAGGUGUUCCAGAUCAACUCGACCGUGCAGGUGCGCGCCAUACUCUACGACGAACUGCAGCUCGACACCAAGUGCAACGUCAAGAUACGGGAGACCUUGUGUAAAGGGGCCAAGUCCACGUCAGAGACGAUGCUGCGCAGCCUGGUGACUGAGCAUCCACUGCCGAAACUCAUCUUGGAGUAUCGACACUUACAUAAGGCUCACGCCACCUUCCUGGCGGGAAUCGCUCAGCAUAUCAAAGAUGGAGUUGUUAGACCCACGUGGGUCCAAACAGCAGCAGCCACGGGGCGCAUCGCAUCUAACAACCCAAACCUCCAAACCAUACCGAAAGCCCCCUUCAACUGCGUCAUGUUCCCUGAAGCAGGCGAUACUGACAAGGAGCAGCUGAUGUUCCGUUCGAUCUACGUGUCGCGAGAAGGGUUCAGCCUGUUGGCGGCGGACUUCAAGCACGUGGAGUGCCGCGUGUUCGCGCAGGCGGCCGCCGACGCCGGCCUGCUGCAAGCGCUCGCCGCACACACCGACCUGUUCAACGUGCUCGCUGCGCAGUGGCUGAAGAAGCCCGAGGCUGAGAUAGUUCCAGAGGAACGGGAGCGUACGAAGCGGUUGGUAUACGCGAGUCUGUACGGAGCCGGCACGCGCAAGCUCAUGGAGAUACUGGACGUGGACUACCAGCAGGCCUUGCAGGUCGCGGCCAGCUUCAAUAGGACGUUUCCGUCGCUGAAGUCGUUCGGGCGCGGUGUGGUGCGGCGGUGCGAGGCGUCGGGCGGACGGCUGGCAACGCUUUGUGGAAGGGUCCGGCGGUUCGCUAACAUCGCCAGCGAGGACUUCGCCCAGAAGUCACACGCUGAACGACAGGCUGUCAACUUUGUUGUGCAAGGUUCGGCAGCAGACUUGUGCAAGUUAGCAAUGAUACUGACUGAAGAGCAACUGCGCAGCUGCUCACCGCCGGUGGAAGCAUAUCUCAUGUUGCAGAUACAUGACGAGCUUGUGUGGGAAGUGAACGAUCUGCAUGUGGACAGGGCUACUGCAAUAAUAAAACAAGUCAUGGAAGGUUGCGGGCAGCAGUGCGGUAUGACAGUGCCGCUGCCGGUCUCUAUUAGUGUUGGCAAGGACUGGGGCAGCAUGCAGAGUCUUGAUAACUAACCUAGAUAAUGUACUGAUUUGUUGACAGAUUUCGUUACUGAAAUAAAAACUGCCCUUAAAGUUUA